GAGAGAGAGAGGAAGAGAGAGAGAGAGAGAAGGAAAUAGAUAUAUACAGAAAGAGACAGAGAGAGAGAGUGACUAUUAUUUACUCUAUACCUCCAUAAUUAUUCUAAUGAUGUCAGACUGUACCUGGGGCAUAAUAUCUCUGACUUUAACCUCUCUGCUUCUCUUCAUCUCUGUGUGUCUCAAUCUCACCUGCUUUCUGAGACACAGGGACACCAGACACAAAGCAGGCAAUGAGGAGUUUCUUCCCCAGCAGCAUUAUCCAAGAGAGCGUGAAAUGCAGGAGGAAGAGGAGGAAGAGGAGAAUCAGCAGCAGGAGAAUCCCAUCUACGGAAACAUCACUACAGACCUGUGCUAUGAACCCAUGACCAAGCAACGUUCCAGAGACGACAGAAAGCCUGCGUCCCAGCCCUACCAUACCGACCUGAACUAUGCUUCUCUGGACCUGAACGUGGGACAGAUACCCAAGAAGAGGAAGCGUCGCUACCAGCAGGGCCAGGUUCAGGCCCAGACCGUGCCCGAGACCCAGAUGGGUGGGGGUUUCCUGGAAAUAGAUGCAGAGAUGGAGGCCUCCCUCCCCUCACGGAGUAGCAGCCCUCUGGCUUCCAGAAACAGCAUCUACCUCAACAGUCUACAGAUGGCACUAGAGACAGAGGAGAGGGAAUAAAACAGAGCCAAGGAGAUGGGGAGGGAGAUGGAGGAGGAUAGAGAGUGGGAUGGAGACAGGAAGUAGGGAGAGGGGGAGAAAGAUACAGUAGGUUAUGA